AUGGCUACUCUAAGCUUCAACUCCACGACAAUCAAAACCCCAUCUUUCAACUACCCCAACUCCAUCAUCACCAAACUCUCCUCAUCAAAACCCACCAUCAAAUUCCCAUUUUUCACCAACAAAAAACCCUUCCUUCAACUCCGAACAUGUUCUGUAUCAGAAACCUCAGUAACAACAACCCAGAUAGAUACCGAAGAAGACAAAGAAACAACCCAGAUAGAAACCGAACAAGACAAAGAAACAACCCAGAUAGAAACCGAACAAGACAAAGAAACAACCCAGAUAGAAACCGAACAAGACAAAGAAGACCCAACUGCUGAAACAUGUUAUCUUGACCCAGAAACUGAUCCUGCUAAGAUAUUAACCUGGGAGUUGGAUUUCUGUUCUAGACCCAUUCUUGAUGCUAGAGGAAAGAAACUUUGGGAGCUUGUUGUUUGUGAUAAAUCUCUUUCACUUCAAUAUACUGAGUAUUUUCCUAAUAAUGUUAUUAACAGUAUCACUCUUAAGGAUUCUAUUGUUGGGAUUUGUGAUGAUUUGGAUCUACCUUUGCCAAAAAACAUUCGCUUCUUUAGGGCACAAAUGCAGACGAUUAUUACAAAAGCGUGUAAGGAGCUUGAUAUAACAGCUCUUCCUAGUAAACGACUGCCUGGACGUACAGAUAACGAGAUAAAGAACUUUUGGUACACAAGAUCUAAGAAACGGAAUCGAGAUGGCUUACCAAUCUAUCCUGACGAGAUAAUAUCCAAAUAUUCGUUAAAUGACAGUCAAGAAAGUGCUGACACAUUGCCAAAUGAAUCCAACCAGCAUGAUGAAACAGAAACCUUCAACUUUGAUAUAUCUGACUUGGACCUUAAAUAUUACAAAUUCCGCCCAGAUAUGAUGCCACCACUUUUUGAUUCUCAAGAUUACAAACCAAUUAGCGACUUGGUUAGACAGUGCUCAGAUUCGUCUCAUAAUACCUUAUACAUGCCUAGUGCAGUAGUUCAACAAAGAUUUUUUUCCAGUAGCAGGAGUGUUGUUGUCCCGAAAGUAUUUGAUCAGUAUGGACAAUACCCUAUGUUGUCUACUCCAUGUGAUCCGAUUCUUAACACCAACCUUCUUCAUGGAUAUGAUAACCCUAUAACUGGUUUUAAUGCCGCGUCAAAUAUCUCUUCUUCUGACCCCAUAUAUGGAUCCAUGAAUUUUGAGCCCCCUUCAUUCCAAAAUUCACAUACUCAACAGCCUACCUGGAGCGACAUGGAUGUGUCGCCACUUCCAUCAUUUGAGUAUGUUGACACGCCAGUUCAGGCUCCUCCAAUUGAGUCUUGUCUGCCAGUUCCAGAUUCUACGGAUUUGGAUCGUUUAAUUGAUGCAAUAGAACUUUCCUCAGUUGAGUAUGUUGACACGCCAGUUCAGCCUCCUCCAAUUGAGUCUUGUCCGCCAGUUGCAGAUUCUCCGGAUUGCUGUCAUUUAAUUGAUCCAAUAAAUUAUGAUCACGAUGCUAUAGUUGCUGCCCAAUUAAACUUCUUAAGACAGGUCCGCUCAGAAAUUAAAAACACUCGGCGUUAUUAUAUUAACCGUGGUGCAUUCAAUGAUCAGCUUCCAGCUUAUUAUACUUCCAACAAAAAGAUAAUUUGA